UCCAGUUGUUCAGAUUCCAAAACAAGUAACGGGACCGGGGCGCAGCUGUACUGUCCCGUGGAGUUAUGUUCAAACUUUAGCGUCUAAAAGUGAGAUUUGAAAUAACUUUAACCUCUCUUUAGUAUUAAUGACAGAAAACGAACUCAUUAACUUAAAAUCUAAGCAUUUUACGGUGCGUCAUGAUUUCCAAACGCGAGGACACGGACAGAAAGAAAAGUUGGUGCAUCUUAUGUUCCUGAGAGAUGGUCCAGAAAUCCAAAUGAGGACAUGAAUUUCGGAGUUUGUGCGAAUUCCCUUUUACUUUUCCGUGCUUGUGACGAGGGGGAUUAUGAGACAGCUCGGAGUAUUUUGGAGCCCGGAGCCCCGAAAGAGUCCGACAUAUUGUGCUCUUUGGUGCCGGUGGACUGCACGGAUGAGGAGGGGAACACCGGCCUGCAGUUCGCCUCCGCCAGCGGACACGAGAACCUGGUCCGGUUCCUCUUGAGAAAAGGAGCCUCCGUGGACAGCCGCAAUAACUAUGGAUGGACCCCUCUCAUGCAGGCGGCCAGGUUUGGUCACUUGUCCGUUGCUCAUAUGCUUUUGGAAAAUGGAGCAGAGAUAAAUGGGCGUAACCGUCUUGGGGCCAGUGUCCUGGCGAUGGCGGCCCGCGGGGGACACACUCAUGUGGUCAAACUGCUCCUGGAGAGUGGGGCUUAUGUCGACGACUAUGACCACCUCGCUGUGGCUUCUGAUGUGGUCUCCAAUGGCAACAACAACAACAGUGGCACUGGGUUUGGAGGUAUUGAAGGCUGUGGUGGAGUCAGAGAGUUCAUGGACAUCACUCCUCUGAUGGUGGCGUCUCAGCACGGACAUGAAGCAGCUGUCCGUCUGCUGCUCGAGUGGGGGUCCGACGUCAGCUUCUCCCAGAAGACCACCGGUUGGGGCCCCCUCAUGAUCGCAACCCUCAGUGGGAAGGUGGCAGUGGCUCAGCAGUUGGUGGAGAGGGGAGCUGACCCAGACAGAGUCAAUGUCCUCUCGAAAACUGCGUUUGAACUAUCCAUGCAGCUCAAACAGAGAGACAUCAAGGCUUACCUGGACCCCAUCACCACCGUGAGACCGCAGACAGACGAUGAAAGACGAAGACCAGACGUGUUCAGUGCUCUCAAGUUGGGUAAUUCUCAGCUUGUCAAAGAAAUCCUGGAGGAGGAUCCCGCCCAGGUGAAUUCGUCCAAUCAGGAGGGAGCGUCACCUCUCAUGAUCGCGGCGGUGAGCGGACAGUUGGAGGUGGUGCAGCUGAUGGUGGAGAAGAAAGCAGAUAUCGACAAACAGGAUGGCGUACAUGGGUGGACCGCCUUAAUGCAAGCCACAUAUCACGGUAAUAAAGACAUUGUCAAGUACCUGUUGAGUCAAGGUGCAGAUGUGAACCUUCGCGCCAAGAAUGGAUACACUGCCUUUGAUUUGGUCAUGCUCCUCAAUGAUCCAGACACUGAGUUGGUCCGUCUAUUAGCGUCAGUCUGUAUGCAGGUGGACAAAGACAAAAGUAAACACAGAGGGAGAGGUCUGAUGGCUCGCUCCAAAAGCAGACAGUCUCUCAAUCACGUCCCACUGCCUCCUGACGACAAAGGAGGACUUAAGUCCUGGUGGAGUAGGAUGUCUAAUCGCUUCCGUAGGCUGAAGUUGACUCACACACUGAGACACGGCCUCUCGACCAAUCGGCUCGCUCCAUUUCCCGAUGAUGUCAUACACUCGCUGGAUUCAACGAUGAGAGCCAAUAAUAAUAAUAAUCCCACAGCAGACGCUAAUGGCACUGUAGCACCAAGCCCAGCUAUUGGGGGAACUGACACCAACUCGAGCUGGGCUGUGAAAACUAAAGACACUGGACUAGGCAGAGAAAAAGAGGACCCCUUAAUAACUACGAUGCUGAGAAGUGGUGCUCCUCUGACUCGUCUCCCUAACGACAAACUGAAAGCCGUUAUCCCUCCGUUUCUGCCCCCGUCAAACUUCGAGGCCUGGAACUCAGACCGGUCCAGACUGCUCCGGGAGGGCAAAACUGAAGCCCCCCGCCUACCAAUGCCCCCCCAGAGGAAACUCAACAGCAGCGGAAACUCAGAUAUUACCUCCAUCAGUCGUGUUGUGAACCGCUCCAUAAAGUUCCCAAACAUAAACAAAGGGCCCUCCUCCACGUCUCCAUCAAACUCCGGGCACUACCACUCGCCCCAUUCGUCUGGAGGCUCCAACGGCGUCGCAGGACUCAACCGGGACUCACACAACAGAUCAGGGGGCAGUGCAGACAGUGUUCUCUCUCAAAUUGCGGCCCAAAGGAAGAGAGCAGCCGGUUUAAUUGAAGUGAAACCUCAAAGUCCAGACAAACACCAGAACCAGGUCCAGAUAACAGCCUCCGCCGCUCCUCUCCCCAACAUCAACCUGCCCGAUAUCCAUGCCCACCCCAACAUGGUCACCGCUGACACACACUCCAGGAGGAAAAUAGAUUUAAAGAAGAGGCCUCAGUCUGGGAACUCCUCCACCUCCAAGAGCACGUCCCCCACCCUCACCCCAUCUCCGUCCCCCACACCGAAGCCUCCGACUGGACCUGGAGACUCUCUGUCCUCUGCCUCCUCCCACCCACGCUCUAAGAGCAGCGGGGGCUCUAGCAGUGGCACUAUCACUGAUGAAGAUGAGCUGUCGAGUAUCCUAAAGAAGUUGUCACUGGAGAAGUACCAGCCUAUAUUUGAAGAACAAGAGGUGGACAUGGAGGCAUUCCUGACUCUGACUGAUGGAGAUCUGAAGGAGCUGGGCAUUAAAACAGAUGGGCCUCGGCAGCAAAUUUUAGCUGCAAUAUCAGAGCUCAACGCAGGGAAGGGCAGAGAAAGACAGAUCCUCCAAGAAACCAUCCACAACUUUCAGUCCUCCUUCGGCAGCAGCGCCAGCAACUCAAGACAAGCUGCGGAGCCUCGAUCUCCAACAGGCUGGAUGAGACACCAGGUUCGCUCAUCCAACAAAAGGUAGCACAGAAAUCACAAAAAGACCAAUCACCAAAGGUACUUAGAGCAAAGGGAAAUAUGCAGGUGGAUCUGUAAUUACAAUGGGACCUUCUGAACACAAUGUCUUAAUAAAAAGGUGUUUAAAAUACAUUCUAAAAAAAAAAGUUUGGUUUCCGUAGAGCAGUGAUUCUUAAACUAUGGUACAAAAUGUAUUACCUUGAAUGUGGUGGGAUAGGGCAGAGAACUAUGGGAGGAGGCCUUUGGGAAGACCAUGGACAUGCUGGAGGGGAUAUAUUUUUCGGCUGGCCUGGGAACGCCGUGGGGUCCUACUAGAGGAGCUGAAAGAAGUGUCUGGGGUGAGGGAAGUCUGGGAGUGUCUGCUUAGACUGCUGUCCUCAUGACCUGGCCAAGAUAAGUGGAAGAAAAUGGAUGGCUGUUGUGGGGUGGGAUAAUCAUGAUUAAAGAAAUCUAUUAAAAUCUGAAAAUUUAUAUAAAAAUGUAAAUGAGAUCUGUGCUAUUGGACAACAUAGACUUUUAUCAAGGAAGUUUUACAGUUCCAAAACAGCAGAGACAGGAAGCUGCUGGUAUCCAUAAUUAAGGGUGCUCAUGAAAAAGGGUACUGUUAAUUGAGAGAAAAAGAAAAACUAUCACUCACUUAGUUUAAAAGGCUUUAUUUUAAUUAACUUUUUGUCCGAAAAUUUCUAAUAAUAUCUGAUUAAAUGAAAAAAAUUUUAAUGAUUCGAACUUUACACAGCAACAUCAUACUUUAAAGACAGGCUCAGAUCUGUAAAAGUGGUACAUUAAGAAUUUGAGUAUCAUUUGUUCAUUUGUUUUCCAAAAUAAAACCAAAAAUAAGUAAAUGAAAAAACAACAGUUUUCUUCGUUAUUUGUCUUCAAAACCGAAAUGAAAUUUUUUUUUUUAAGUUUUCAGUUUUGGUUCAGUUCUGGUUUAGACCUGGUUUAAACCUGGUUUAGUCCUGGUGCUUGGUUCAGUCCGACAUCGCAGUUUAAGUCACGUAAACGGGAAACAGCCGUUAUCCAUUUUUUCCAUUAUUCAUUUAAACACAAAAUCGAAAACUGAAAAAACAAAUUGUUUUUUCAUUUUGGUUUUGGAGACAAUUAAGGAAGAAAACUGUUUUUUUUUUUUUGUUUCUUAUUUUUCGGUUUCAUUUUGAAAAACGAAUGAAUGAAUAAUACAUGGAUUAUUAAGGGCAAUUUGCAGUAAGUACUUUUGAGAAUUACUGCUUUAGACUAUGUUGUAUUAUCUUGCUAUUAUGUUGGGACAUAGAGGGAGGUUCCAGUGCCUUAUGGAUAUUACAAAGGGAAUGCAUAAAUUAAUUGUUACAUUGCUAAAUAAGAGAGAUUUUAUUUUUAAUUCUAAUAAUGUGAGAAACAGCAUGAGAAUUGCACAAAUACUAUAUGAAGGAUAGUUUCAAGAGUAAUAAUAAUUUUUAGUAAUAUUCUCCAAUAUGACUGAGGUGUGGUCUUUUAAAAUAGGGAAUCAUUGUGCACUGAUGAAGGAGAGAUGAGGAUUUUUAACCUGGCUAUUUUUUGUAAAACUCCAAUGAAUUUGACUUUUUUAUGUUCUGAUUUUUAUGAACCACUAUGUAAACAGAUGGCUCUUGGUCGUAACUGCUCUGUAAUGAAUAAAUAAAAAUCAUGAUGCAG